AUGUCGUCUCGCGUGGGGUUCCGCUUCGUUAACAACGCUCGGUUUGCAUUCCGCAAUGCCUCUGCGCCAUUCCGCCGGCCGGGCGCCCAGGGUUUCCGCUGGCAAAGCACCGAAGCCGGUGCCGGGGGGCAACAGAGCACUUUCCAGCGCCUAUGGAACAGCCCCAUUGGUGUCAAGACUGUGCACUUCUGGGCCCCCGUUAUGAAGUGGUGCUUGGUCAUCGCCGGUAUCUCUGACUUCGCCCGUCCCGCGGAGAAGCUCUCUCUCACCCAGAACGCUGCUCUCAUGGGCACCGGUGCCAUCUGGACCCGCUGGUGUAUGAUUAUCAAGCCCCGUAACAUUCUGCUUGCCACCGUGAACUUCUUCCUCGGAUGCGUCGGUGCCGUUCAAGUGACCCGUAUCUUCAUGUGGCAGCGCUCCCAGUCCAAUAGCUCCCUCGAAGCCGCCAAGGAGAUUGAGCACGAGGCCGUCGAUUCCGUCAAGGCCGUGGCCCAGGAGACCGAGGGUAUCGCGAAGAAGGCCGUUGGAAAGUCGACUUAA